AUGAAGGCUUUGUUCGGUUUAACCCUCCUGCUCCUGGGAUUGCCAUCCAUCCUCAUGUUAUGUAUGGAAGAAGGCAGUAACCUGUUUCCGUACGGCCUACAUUUGAAUGAUGUCACAACUCCAAGAGAGGAUGACGGAGCAUCAGAACGAAUUAAUUUUCUGCAUUCAUUCACUAUGUUCCACGAGACCCACCGAUCUUGUUACGUAAACAACAACGGUGCCAUCUCGUUUAAAAAGGAAGUCACUUCCUACACCCCUGACGGCUUCCCCCUGGCCAAUGUAAAUGUAAUCUGUCCUUUUUGGGGGGACGUAGACAAUGAAGAACCGGACCAUGGGGAUAUCUUUCACAGGCAGGUCUUGGAUGAAGCUACUCUGGACUGCAUAAGUAGUUUUGUCAGGAAGUAUUUCCCAAAUUUCAAUUUCACAGCCUCCUGGGCCUUCAUUGCAACCUGGGAUAAAGUACAUUAUCAUGGAAGCGAAUCAGAUAAGACAAACACCUUCCAGUGUGUGUUGGCCUCUGACAAGUACCAGAGGUCCGUUGUUAUUUUCCUGUAUGAAAACAUUUCAUGGACAACGGGCACAGCCAGUGGUGGAGAUCCUAUGACCGGCCUCGGGGGCAUCCCUGCCCAGGCUGGCUUUAAUACAGAAAACGAAUACUUCAACAUGCCGAUGUCUAGAACGGAGCAUAUAGUAAACAUCGCAUCCUCCAGCAACGUUGAACGCCCAGGAUUGUGGAUGUUCCGUGUCGAUGAAUUCAUUGUGCCUGGUGGCUGUGUAUACAAAGACAGCUUCAUGAGUCGCGGACAGACCGCGUGGAUGGACGACGGGUGCUCAGAGAAAUGCUUUUGCAAGCAUGACGGUAGAGUUGAGUGUGCACGGAAAGUAUGCGACGAGGGCCUUGUCUGUCUGGCCUCCGGACGCUUCUUUGCAUGUCAGAUCAAUGAAGAAGAUUGUUAG